AUACUAUAUAUGUAUAUACAUAUAUAGCAAAAAGUUGGUAAACAAUUAUUAAUCGCUUGCAUUCAUAAAAUGUUUGCUAUAUUGCAAUCACUCUGUAUUUUUAUACUUGAUAAACUGUCAUGCCAACAACGUUGCUAACCCUGUUCAGAUGAAAUGAAAGAAGCAGGCAUAACAAAACAAGAAUUUUCCAUUUGAAGUGUUUGAUAAAAGAGAAUCAGAAAAGGUGAAAAACGCUCAUAUCGGUGAAAAAUCUGUGAAAACUAUUAAUCACGAAUUUGUGUGAAGUUAGCAACGCGCGUGAAAUUUUUAUUAGUUAUAAAUUGGAUCUAUGACGAGUAGUACGUAAAAAAGUGAGAACGGACACGCAACCAAACAAGAAAAAGAAAACAUUGAAUAAGAUUUUAAGAGGGGUGUGCGGUGCGUGCGGCGGUAUCCAGACCUAUAGAAGUGAGACCUUGAGAAAAAAUACGACGAAUAUUGCUUAGGACAGUGUAGGGCGAAGCACCAAGGAAUGGCGUAUGAUCUCCAGCAGCCAUUGUGAAUACAAAAAAAUCGGAAAAGUUAAUAAUUAUUUUACAAGUGAAAACUAGUUGUAGAGAUAUUGUACGAAAAGUGUUUGUCCAUAAUGCCAAAAGUAAUGGGAUCAAUUGAUGCGGAAGGGAAUGUGACAGCCGGGUCACAUAGUGGACGUGAGGCACGCAAUUUAGCCGAAAAGCAACGCCGGGACAAAGUAAAUGCAAGUAUACGGGAACUAGCUAACAUAGUGCCACAGGCGGCGGAUUCAUCGCGACGAUUAGACAGGACCGGUAUACUAAGGUGUGCAGCGCAUGGCUUUCGUUUGCAAUACAUAUUUGGUAAAUCAGUGCCAAGAAAACAGACAAUGACAGAGCUCUCACAAGAUCCGAAUUUUGCGGAUGCGUUGACAUACUUAUUAGACAGCUUCUUUAUAACACUAACCUGUCAUGGACAAAUUGUCGUAGUAUCAAACAGUGUGGAGAAAUUACUCGGACAUUGUCAAUCGGAUCUCUAUGGACAAAAUAUACUGAGCAUAACACAUCCAGACGAUCAUCCGAAUAUGCUGCAACAACUAAUACCACGUGACAUGGAAGCGCUAUUCCGUUGCAGUCACGAAUAUCAAAUGCAGCAGCAAAAUAAUGAUAGUAACAGCAAUGAAAACACUGAUACGUUUUUGAAAGACAUCAAUGAACGCUUGCGUAAUGAUAAGCGUUCAUUUGUUGUACGUUUAGCACGGGCGGGUACACGUUCAGAGGCGAAUCGGAAGUAUGAAUUGGUCCGAAUUGAUGGCUGUUUUCGACGCAGCGACUACUCUUGCUCAAAUGGCACAUUUCCUAUUGUUUCACAUGUUUUGCGGCGAACACGUUACAAUGGAACUGAAGGUGUCCAUGCAAUGCAGCAUGAUGUUAUAGCACAAGCCGCACUGCACGGCAUAAGUGGCAACGAUGUGGUGCUUGUAGCUAUGGCACGCAUCAUACAUACACCAAAGAUUACCCAUUAUCUAACGAGCGAGAAUAGCGGACGCAUGGAAUAUAGAACACGGCACUUAAUAGACGGACGAAUAAUUGACUGUGAUCAGCGUAUCGGGCUGGUGGCUGGAUACAUGAGAGAUGAGGUCUACAAUCUUAGCCCGUUCUCUUUCAUACACCACGAUGAUGUGCGCUGGGUAAUUGUUGCGUUACGCCAGAUGUACGACAAUUUUGACGAGCAAGGUGAAAGCUAUUAUCGCCUACUCGCACGGAAUGGAACCUUUAUUUAUCUGCAUUCGCAGGGUUACUACGAUACCGUAGACACCGAGCGUAAUGUCUACUCUUUCGUUUGCAUCAACACGCUGUUGGAUGAGGAGGAGGGCCGUUAUUACAUGGAGGAUAUGAAGCGACGCUUUUCUACAAUUAUACAUUCGAAUUUGCCCAUCUCUUCAACGGUGGAUGCACCUGCCUCUCACGAUCCCGUACGUUUGGAACGCAGUGUAAUGUUUUUAAUUGACAAUUUACAAACACGUCGUACGCAAGGUAAUGGCACAGGCUGCGGUGAAGAUACCGCUACACAGGCAGACAAUGAGCGAACAAAAAGUCGACGUCUGAUGUUGGUGCCGCCGGAAGUCUCCUCGGUGCGCAGCUCAAUCAUGCAAUCGUUGUCCGUGGUGAAUAUUGCUGCUAAGAAUUUGCGCAGAAAUAUACGACGAAAAGCGCGUAGAGAUUUGCGUAGAGCGCAAAGAGGGCCGCAAAGCUGCAGCGAUAGCAGUGAUACAUCCAUCUCAAUAGAUAGCAGUGAUGAAGAUGUUGCGAAUGAUCAAAACACUGCUUCGUCCGAUUCCAUGUACAUAGAUGCAACGCAAGCGAAUUUGAUGCGGCCAAGCGUGCUGCAGAUGAAUACAGGGGCAUCCACAAGUCAGCGGAGCGCGCUGGAACAGCGCCUAACUGCAUCGACAAAUGGUGAAUUCGAUGUGAACAAUGCAACACAUACACCCGCGUUAAAGCGUGCACGUGCAACGGUAAUGGCAGCUAGUUGUAGCAGCGGCAAUUGCAGCGGUGGCAAAAAAAAGAGCACCAAAAUAUACAUUGAAGAAAUCAUUCAUCAACCGAAAACUUGCAUGAGCACGCUACUAACGCCACCCGCAACCACUAUGCCAAUUGCAAGUACGACAGAAAUCCAUGAAGUCAUCAACAAUUCUUUGGAGAACAUCGAUCAGUCACUGCAGAGCAUACAAGCGAAUGCACGCAAUUUGUGCCAACAACAUGCGCAAUUUUUGCCUCUAAAUGUGCCACAGAACUUCAAUCAGCAACUGGAUGAAAUUAUUGUGGAACAUCAGCGUCAAGCUGAGCAGCUCAUUAAUAUCAGAAAUGAGUACGAUGUACAUUUGCAGCAACAGUUGACGCCACACCAACCGCCCGAGUUACAACAAACACAAUUGCCCGCAUUUGAUGACUUAGCUGCUAUAGAUCUACCGCUAUUGCCGCAGUUGGUAUUUCCCGGCGAUGAACAACCGCCGCACAUCGAUGCUGUGCCAAAUGCCAGCAAUUAUAUAGAGGCGAGUGCUACAAUCCUUAGUGAGUUGGAAAAGCGGCUAUAGUGUGUGUGCCAAGUUUGGCCGU